UUUUCUUUUUCUUAUGUUUUAUUUUCACUUCAUUUUGUUUUAUUAACGUGUUUCACUUUGUUUUAGGUUAUGGAAACCAAAAAUUACAAUGCCGAGUUCAAAAAACUUGAUAAACGGAUGAAAGAUAUCUUAUCAAACCAAAAAAAUAUUCAUGGCGAACUUGUGAUAUUCAACCAAAAUUUUAAAGAUUUUUGUAAGAUUCUAAGUGAAUACACAAGGAGUACUCCAUCCGGUACAUCUAAUGUUGAUAAGUGUGUUCUUGAAAAUGAUGUUCCUCUUACUAAGAAGGACAAAAUUGAACAUUCUUUAUCUGGCCAUGAAGUUGUACCUGGUAAUGUUCAUGCGGAUGAUGGAUAUGUUGACCCUCAAAAUGAGGUACAAGAAUAAAUAUUUAUCCUAUUUAUUUCUAAGUAUCAGGUUACUUUUUGUAGAUACUUAUUAUCAUAUUUUCGUUAUUAUUCUUGGCAGGAACUCGAAGGCAAAAAAUUGAUGGGUGCUUUAGUUAUAGAGGAUCAUGAUUGUACUGAUG